UCUUCCCUCCUCCUGUCUAUUUCACUGCCCUUGCUCCUCCUCCACCCCUCCCGCACCGCUGGGGUUGUCAAUCUGGAAGCUGGCUACUCCCUCCAGUUUGGCGCGCCGCUGGCGAUCGGAGUCUCCGCCCCUCUCCUGGAGAUGUUAAAACUCUGGAGCUGCGGGCGGAUCCCAGCCUGACGGUCUGCAAAGCCAUGGCUGUCCUGCUGCCGAGCCUCCGAGACUCGCCCUGGAAGGCGCUGUCCCAGGAGGACCUGGAGAAGCAAUAUUCCCCCAGCAGAUGGUCCCACCGAUUGCAUGCUGAGGAAGUGAUAAAAGCUCAUGUACGAGUGGGAACAGAGGCUACCAAGGAAGCCCAGGCGAGCAAACAGAGUCUACUUGGUGUCGCUUAUGGAGAAGGUAAUGGUGAGAAACUGGACAUAUAUUUCCCUGCCAAAACCUCUGAAGAAUUACCUUUUUUCCUGUUUAUUCAUGGAGGAUACUGGCAAGAAGGAAGUAAGGACUAUUCAGCCUUUAUGGUGCCCCCAUUGACAGCAGCAGGAGUAGCAGUGGCUGUAGUGGCUUAUGACCUUGUUCCAAAAGGUAACAUCGAUCUGAUGCUGAGCCAGGUGAGACGCAGUGUCCUCUUCAUCCAGAAGCAGUACUCAUUCAACAGGGGAAUUUACCUGUGUGGACAUUCAGCUGGAGCUCACUUGGCCUCCAUGGUGCUCUUGACAGACUGGGUUGAAUGUGAAGUCAUUCCUAACAUUAAAGGCUUUUUCUUGGUGAGCGGAAUCUAUGACCUGGAGCCUAUCGUGCAUACUUAUGUCAACGAUGUACUUCAAAUGACCUUGGAAGAUGCCCAGAGGAAUAGUCCCAUGUUUUGCCAGAAGAAGGCCCAGAGUCAAGUAACUUCAACUUGUGAAUUAAUAGUAGCCGUGGGCCAGCAUGAUUCUCCUGAGUUCCACCGACAGUCCUUGGAUUAUUUUCAGGUUCUGCGUUUACAGGGGUGGAGAGUUUCAUUUAUAGAAAUCUCCAAUGUGGAUCACUUUGACAUCAUUGAGAAACUGAUUCAGAAUGAAUAUAUACUGACUCAGGUUAUUUUGAAGACAAUUUUCCAGUAAUGAGAGAACCCAGAGCCUCACCAUGUCUACCAUAGCUUGGAGAAGAGCAAAGAGCACUUCUCCAAAGCUUCUGUGA